ACUAUGAAUCUGAAACUAACCAACGAGGUAAGAAGCUCAGUCAACUUGCUUCAUAACGCACCUGUAUCUUCUGUAAAGGAAGAGAGACAACGCACAGGACGGCUGAUUGCACUUCUUGUGGGCAUCUGCUUGCUGGUGCUGGCGUUAUACCACGCGUGGGUCCGAAGAAUACCAGUGGUAGCUAGUCUAGUGGUACCAGUGCUUAUCAUGUUCGUGUACGUGGGCUGGGUGCUGUAUACCGCGUCGAGGGAUAAGAAAAGGUUAUUGGCGGCGCAAGCAGCAUUAAAUGCGGUCAUCUCGGAAAAUCCUGAUGCCGAUGGACGUACUUCAGAAAUGUCGCAAGGCAAUAUAGAAAUAACAGUCAUAUCCAGCAAAGAAAGUUCCAAAGUCAAUACGCCCGAUGGUUCAACUCGUAAGGACUGGUCGGAAAUAUCUUCAGCAUUAAAAAAGGGGCGUAGAAAACCCGAAGACAAAAGUGUAUGUUUCGUGAAACCUAUAAUACUAAUCAACGAUAAACUUCCAGAGGACCUGGAUUUAGACCAGAAAUGGUCUCAUAUUGCUGAAGCAAUGUCUGUUAAUGAGAGGUUGAAAGUGCUUCAACCGCGUAGGAAGUUUAAGCGGAAAUUUUUUAGAAGCAGGCGACACGCAAUAUUCAAAAGAUCAUAUUCAAUAGGAUAA